CUGCCCACCUCGAUUUGCUCCACGUCAUCGCCCCCUCCCAAUAUUUAUCUGCUCCUUGUGUGGAGAUGGGCAACGACUCCCCCUCCGCCGCCGCAGGUCUCCGCCUCCGGCUGUCAUGCCACUGCCUUCUCCUCCGCCCUCCGUUUCCUGACUCAGCCGCCGCCCCAAGUUUAGCUUUUUGGCAAGGCACGACCUCCCUCCGUCCCUCCUCCAUUUGCUGACUCGCCUACACUAGAAAGUGGAUUUCUGAGUUGUUGGAUGCAACAGAGGUGCUCUCCAAGGCAAGCGUAACAUGUGCCCAACCAUCUAUUCAUUAACUCAAGACCUGCCUCGGAUCAAUCCCGCCACUUUCGUCUACCUCUUCGAGUCUGGCUGAUGGAAGGUGCCCGUCAGCAACCGGGCGUGGACGGACCUUUCCUCAGAGAUGCCAGACUGCUUGGGAACGGCGCCGUGGGUGUGGCUGGAGACUAUGGGCUCCAGCAGGGGGAGGACGACUUGAGGAGCAGUGAUCCGGAUGGCCCGCUCAGCGGGCCAACCGCUGGUCUGCAGCAGGGUGACAUGGAAAACCACCAGCAGGUCUGUUGGGAGCGCGUCCUCCAGAAGAAGACUAUCAAAGUCUUGCUCGUGGAGAGUGAUGAUUCAACUAGGCAGGUGGUCAGUGCCCUGCUUCGUCACUGCAUGUAUGAAGUUAUCCCGGCCGAAAACGGUCAGCAAGCAUGGAGUUAUCUUGAAGAUAUGCAAAACAGCAUAGAUCUUGUUUUGGCUGAGGUUUUUAUGCCUGGUGUAUCUGGAAUAUCUCUGCUGAGUAGGAUCAUGAGCCACAAUAUUUGCAAGAAUAUUCCAAUGAUUAUGAUGUCUUCGAAUGAUGCCAUGGGUACUGUCUUUAAAUGUUUGUCAAAAGGUGCUGUUGACUUUUUAGUCAAGCCUAUACGUAAGAAUGAACUUAAGAACCUUUGGCAGCAUGUGUGGAGACGGUGCCACAGUUCCAGUGGUAGUGGAAGCGAAAGUGGCAUUCAGACACAGGAGUGUGCCAAAUCAAAAAGCGGUGAUGAAUCCGAUAACAACAGUGGUAGCAAUGAAGACGAAGACGACGAUGACGCAAGCAUGGGACUUAAUGCAAGGGAUGGCAGUGAUAAUGGCAGUGGCACUCAAGCGCAGAGCUCGUGGACUAAGCGUGCUGUGGAGAUUGACAGUCCACAGGCUAUGUCUCCAGAUCAGUUAGCUGAUCCACCUGAUAGCACUUGUGCACAAGUGAUCCACCCAAAAUCGGAGAUAUGUAGCAACAGAUGGCUACCAGGUACAAACAGCAGGAACUUCAAGAAGCAAAAAGACACUAAUGACGUGGGGAAGGACUUGGAGAUAGGUGCCCCUAGAAAUUUAAAUAUGGAUCGUCAAUCUUCCCCAAACGAGAGACCCAUCAAACCAGCAGAAAACAAUUCAAAGGAGUCAAUGAUGGAAAAUUUGGAGGAGCCAACUGUUCGAGCUGCUGAUCUAAUUGGUUCGAUGGCCAAAAACAUGGAUGCCCACCAGGCAGCAAAAGCUGCAGAUGCCCCUAAUUGCUCUUCCAAAGUGCCAGAAGGGAAAGAUAUGAACCGUGAUAAUGUUUCGCCAUUACUUGAGUUGAGUUUGAAGAGGUCGAGAUCAUCUGCAGAUUGUGCCAAUACAGUCCAAGAUGAACAACGGAAUAUAUUAAGACGAUCAGAUCCCUCAGCAUUCACAAGGUACCAUACAUCUGUGGCUUCCAAUCAAGGUGGGACAGGAUUUGUCGGGAGCUGUUCGCCGCAUGAUAACAGCUCUGAAGCUAUGAAAACGGACUCUACUUACAACAUGAAGUCAAAUUCAGAUGCUGCUCCGAUAAAACAAGUCUCCAAUGGCAGUAGCAAUAACAAUGACAUGGGUUCCACUACAAAGAAUGUUGUGACAAAGCCUACUGCAAAUGAGAGAGUGAUGUCACCCUCAGCUAUUAAGGCUAAUGCACACACAUCAGCGUUUCAUCCUGUGCAUCACUGGAUGGUUCCAGCUAAUGCAGCAGGAAAAGUGAAGGCUGAUGAAAUGGCAAACAAUGCAACUAAGCAUGGUCACCCUGGUGAAGUGCAAAGCAACCUCGUGCAACACCCUAGUCAAAUGCUUUAUGUCCAUUUUGAUGUGUCACGGGAGAAUGGUGGGUCAGGAGCUCUGCAAUGUGGUUCCUCCAACGUAUUUGAUCCUCCACUUGAAGGUCAAGCUGCCAACUAUGGUGUGAUUGGGAGCAACUCAGGCAGUAACAAUGGAACCAAUGGGCAGAAUGGAAGCACCGCUGGUGCAAGUAUGGCUGCUGCAAAUGGUGAAAGGACAAACACGGAGAUUGCUAAUGGUGCCAUUGAAAAAGGUGGACCUGGAUGUGGCAAUGGGAGUGGAAGUGGCAACGGCAAUGACACAUAUGUGAAACGCUUCGCCCCAGCCAUUACACCCCGAGAAGCACGACUGAUGAAAUAUUGGGAGAAAAAGAAAGAUCGAAACUUUGGGAAAAAGGUAGCCUGUUUUCAAUUGAAUGUUUCUAUAGGCAGUGAUUUAGGACCUUCUCAUUUGUUUCAAAGGAAUUAUAAACAUUAUGUUUCUACUGCAAAUAGGUAAGUAUAAUUGAAAUACAUUAUGCUCAGAGAUUACGAGCCUAACUUCUUUUACUUGAUACAGCUGUGCUGUGGAUAUGUCUUUUCGGAAAUUUGAUUAAUUGUUACUCUCAACAUUUUGUGGCAUACCUGAAAUAAGCUACGAAGAAAUGAUUCUGUAUUUUUGUUUCCCCUUCUUUGUUUGUGUAUGAUGUGUUUGAGAAAGCUUUGGUUAGGACCGGUUUCUUUCUGAUGGCUGUCUGCCAUUUUCAGGUGCGGUACCAGAGCAGAAAGAGGUUGGCCGAUCAGCGGCCACGGGUCCGUGGACAGUUCGUGAAGCAAGAUCAGGGCAGACGGGAAGGAGCUGGAGAUAGAUGACCCCCCUGGUGUGGCUCCUGCUCUGGCAUGACUGCAUUGGACUCCAAACACUUGACAAUUAUACAGUUGAUCCUUCAUUCCCAUCAUUGGUUUCUCCACAUUCAGUGUCUACUACCUACCCUAGAAAGAAUAAACAACGAACUCCUAUCAAUCAGUCCCCGUAAGCAUGUAGAGGAGGAAGUGCAUGGGCUGUAAUUCUACGUGCGGAUUCAUGCUCGCUCCUAUGUAACUAAGCAUGUACAAGUGUACUCGUAAUGUCUGAACCCCAGUACUGUUGUGUGUUGUCAUGGUUUGGUCUUGGGUCAAUUGUCAACAGAAUGCACUGCGCAGCAGUUGGCUUGCUGCUGGUGCGGUGCGUCAGUUUCAGUCAAUAUAUGUCAUCUUUGCGUAC